CGAAGGAGAGAUAGUAUGUCCUUUCUGUGACAUUUGAGUGUAUGUAUUUUAUAUGACAUUUGUUUAGUUCUAUUUUAGUAUCCUUCGAUUUUGGCUCUAUUUCAGUUUGUUCUUGCGUUAUGGAAUCAGCAUUAGCAGAUCUUCGCUUGGAGGAUGAGGAAGAAACGGGAGAGACGGUGGCAUGGGAGAUGGCCCAAGAAUCUGAAGUACAUAAUAAACAGUCUUAUUUCCUUCUGGAGGGGUGAUGAUCACAAAUAUUGGUGAGAAACGGUUUCUUUUUAGAUUCUACUGCGAAGUGGAUUGGGAUAAAGUUAUUAAUGGCAUUUCUUGAACUUUCAACAACCAUUUGUUACUAUUAGCAAAGAUUAAACCGAAUAAGGAACCAUUGGAGGUGCCUCUUCUUUCUACCGCUUUAUAGGUCCAGAUCCAUAAUCUUAGUCUGGGCAUGCAUUCGGAAUCUUUGGCGAGGCAGUUUGGAAACUUCCUUGGCACCUUUUUAGAGUAUGAUGCGAAUGCUAUUGUUGCGGGUUUUCAGAAUUUCAUGAGAGUUCGAGUGGAAAUUAAUGUCUGUAAAUCGUUGAAAAGGAGGAAAAAGCUUCUUUUUUCCAAAAUGAAGGAAUGCUAUGCCACCUUCAAAUAUGAAAAGCUCACUACUUUUUGUUUUCUAUAUGGAAGAUUAGGACAUGGUGAGAGUUAUUGUCCUAUUCGCAUGGUUGAAGGUAGUAAGGAUUUGCUGUUGGCAUGGGACAUUUCCUUGAAAGCGCCGCCUUGAAGGACGGUCGGCGACGACAGCAUCUGGCUGCUCAAACCUGGGGCAAUUGGGCGGAAAUUGUGGAAUUUUUGGAAGUAAUUAGUGGAGAAAUUUUAGGGAUUCUAAUCCCCCUAAAUUUAUGGUUGAUGUUGGCAGAUUUUUUAGGUUGAAUUUAGCUGGGAAAUCAAAUCUUCCCAAUAAGAAAUGCAAGUUGACUUGGACUUAAUGAAUGAAGGAAGUUUGGAGGAAAAUAGGCCAAUCUCGAUUAAUAAUGGUAAGAAACGACCCAGAUCAAAAAAUGUAUAAUCGGUUGCUUUCUCUAUGGAUUUGGGUGAGACUUUUGGCAAGCAGAACAUGUUUUGCCAAUCUGAACACUUAGUUGAACCUGCAGGGCAGGUUAGCCGAUCGCAAUGAAAAUCCUGAGUUGAAACGCUUGUGGGCAGGGGAACCCACGGUCUGUUCAUAGAAUUCAACAUUUGCUGAAGGGUUAUAAUCCCCAAAUUGUUUUUCUUAUUGAGAUGAAAGUGGAUGAGGUUUGAAUGGACAGACUUCGGGAGAAAUUCAAUUAUAAAAAUAGGAUUGAUGUUUCGGCAAGUGGCUCCCGCAAUGGUUUGACGUUGGGGUGGAAAGAUGGUAUUUCCGUUUCUUUGAGAAGUUUCAAUGAGAAAUAUAUCGAUGUUUUAAUUUCUACUAAGGAUGUGAAUGUUGAUUGGUGUUUUACUGGUUUUUAUGGUGAUCCUAACAGCAGAGACCAGGUGAAUUCUUGGGCAUUACUAUCCCAUUUGUGUAAUUCUUAUUAGGGUCCUUGGAUUGUCAUGGGAGACUUUAAUGAGAUUGUAUCUAAUCAGGAGAAGAAAGGUGGGAAUACAAGGAAUGAAACUCAGAUGGCCAAUUUUUGAGAAGUUUUGGCAGAUCGUGAUCUUUAUGACCUGGGUUUUCAUGGACGAUGGUUUACGUGGGAACAUGGCAAUUUUGCUGCCACUAACGUUAGGGAAAUACUGGAUAGGGGUGUUGCAAACCCAACUUGGUGUGAACUGUUCCCGUUUUACCGUAUUGAUCACUUGGUUAGUCCUUGCUCGGAUCAUUGUCCGAUAUUAUUGAAUACAAUUGCCUCUAGACCGAUUCGGGAGGAGGAGGGUUAUAUGGCUUUCAAAUUUGAGGCUGAUUGGUUAUUGGAGGGUUCAUGUAGCAAGAAGGUGGCUACUCUUUGGAGUAUUAAUAAACAUCUCAAUGUCCCUGAUCGUCUUGUAGUUAUGGGACAGGGUUUAAAGAGUUGGGCUGCCAGAGUUAAAAAGGAUAAAAAUUGCCUGCUGAAAAUUCUCAAACAACGGCUUAAUGAUCUUUAUUCGGCUCACCCAUCGGAUACAAAAAUGGUGGAUAUUAUUGAAGCUAAAUUGGAUUAUGGGAUAGCCAUUGAUAAAGAGGAAAUUUAUUGGAGUCAAAGGGCCAGAUCGAAUUGGUUACAGUUUGGGGAUCAGAAUACAAAAUUUUUUCACAAUUUUGCGUCUUAUCGUCAAUGUUUGAACAGGGUUAGAUGCUUGAAGGAUUAUUUAAGGAUUGAACACACUAAGAAUAUGGCUAUGAUGCAUACAACUAUUAGUUAUUUCAUUGACCUUUUCUCUAGUUCAAAUAGUAAAAGGGCGAAUGAGAUCUAUAACUAUGUAACUCCUAAAAUUUUAGCUUCUACUAAUGAUAAGCUAGGCAAGGAUUUCCAAGAGGAGGAGAUUGGAUUGGCGGUUAAAGAAAUGGGAACUACAAAGGCUCCGGGCCCAGAUGGCUUUCAUGCACUAUUUUUCAGCAUUUCUGGGAGGUGAUUGGCACGGAUGUAUCUCAUUUUUGCCUCAUUAUUCUUAAUGACAGUAUGGACUUUGCGGAGGUAAACUUUACAUCAAUUAUGUUAAUUCCUAAAACUCCUAGUACAGAUAGAAUGUCUAUGUUCAGGCCGAUUAGCCUCUACCCGGUUUUGUAUAAGAUUAUGUCUAAAACUAUAGCAAAUAGACUCAAACUUACACUA